AUGAAACCGCCACAGUUUCCUGGGGGAUUGGAUCCAUUGAAGGCAGAAGCAUGGGUCCUUGGAAUAAAAAAGUUAUUUGAAGUGUUCCCUUGUCUAGAGACACGGAAAGUAUUGCUAGCCAUUUUUACUCUCGAAGAUGAGACAAGAAGAUGGUGGAUGUUAAUGCAUGAGAGCAAUAACGAUAUUGGUUGGGCACGAUUUUUGGAAAUUUUCUAUGACAAAUACUUUCCACAAUGCGUUCGUGACAGGAAAGUGUCAGAAUUCAUGGGACUCAAGCAAGAUAGCAUGACCGUAGCUGAGUACGAGGCCAAGUUUACUGAAUUGGCUAGAUUUGCACCACAUAUGGUCGAUAUCGACUAUAAGAAAGGGAGGCAUUUUGAAGGAGGACUUCAGGAUGAUAUCUUAGAGAAAGUGAAUUGUGGGAAAAGGCAUCAUGGGGUUUGUUACCGUAUAUCAAGGGCCUGUUUUAAGUGUGGUAAAACAGGGCACAUGGCCAGGGAUUGUAAUCAAAGCAGUGGGAAGUUAGUUACUAGCUUAACCGCAUCAAUCCCAAAACCAGGAAACACUACAAGGCCUAUUACCACCGUAGAUACUGUGAGGCAAAUGAGAGUCUUUGCGCUAGUUCUAGGCGAUACACGGAACACAGAAGCAGUUGUCUCAGGAUUGAAUAGUAUCCCUAUUGUUAACGGGUUUUCAGAUGUAUUCCCAGAUGAAUUGUCAGGAGAAUUGGUUGACAGAGAGAUAGAGUUUACUAUUGAAGUUGUGCCAGACACUCAGCCUAUUUCUAAAACCCCUUACAGAAUGACUACUGCUAAAAUGAAAGAAUUGAAAUAA